AUGGAGAAACAAGACACUGCAGAGCGUAUUGAAGAUGUCUCUAAUCCGGAAGCUGCUUCCAUCGGAGAGGACCAGCCACAAGAUGCUCGAAUGAGCCCCCAAGCCUACCUGGCGCUCGCUGCCGUCUCCUCACAAUACGUCGCAUACAUCUUGACGCUGCUCAUGCCCAGCACGAUCGUGAGCUACAUCAACGCCGACCUUGGACCAGACCCGAACUACACAUGGAUCAACGUCUCCUGGAACCUCGCAGCAAGUGUCAUGGUGACACUAGGCGGCCGGCUUUCGGAUAUCUUCGGUCGUCGCUACUUCAUGAUCACCGGAGCUUGCAUAGCUUUGAUCGGAGCUGUCGUCGGCGCGACAGGCAAGAGUAUCAACCAGAUGAUUGCGAGUGGAGCUCUGUUUGGUAUUGGAGGUGGACUUCAAGAAAUGGCAUUCGCAUGCGUCCAAGAAAUCGUGCCAAAUCAAUAUCGUAUUCUUGCGAUUGGAAUUUUCGAAUCGACCGGUUUGCUGGCUUUCGUGAGCCCUAUGAUCGCGUAUACGAUGAUCGCCCGCACCGCGCUUGGUUGGAGGACAGUAUAUUGGUUUUUGUUCUCGUUCGAAGCUUGUGGACUCCUGCUUGUACUCUUCUGCUACAAGCCUCCGACAUUCCACACGAAGCAUCGAGCCGACGGAAAGAGCAGGAUGCAACUCGUCAAGGAAAUGGACUUCGUUGGCUUCUUGCUGUUCGCGUCCGGCGCCGUACUUUUCUUGAUCGGAGUCAAUUAUGGCGGAAGACAAUAUGCCUGGUCCAGUGCACCUGUGACUAGUACCAUUGUUGUCGGAGCUGGAUUGCUGGUUGCUCUUGGGUUUUGGGAAGCUUAUGCGAAUUUGAAAUAUCCGAUGUUGCCUCCUGUGCUCUUCAGAAACGUUCGAGGCUUCACUAUGAUUCUCGUUAUCUGCUUUGUAGGAGGUAUGCUUUAUUACAGCAUGAACGUACUCUGGCCUCGCCAAUCUGGACUCCUUUUCGUGCCCAGCAACCAACCGAUCAUCGCAGGGGUUUAUGCGAACAUGGUCUCAUUCGGUACUAUACUGGCCGGCCUUGUUGUCAUAUUCUUCUGUCAUAAGGUCGGACACGAGCGGUGGCAGCUGGUCGGGUUUAUGGCCGUACAAACUGCUUUGAUUGGAUCCCUUUCGACAAUCGGUGUCAACGACAGAGUUCAAGCGAUUGUCACAAUCAUUGUCCUCGCCACAACUAUUACCCCUCCGCAGCUCUUAUCAUUUGUUAUGAUCGCUGCGGGGCUGGACGACCAAGUCGACAUCGGCGUUGCGAAUGGACUUGCCUCGACAUUUCGUCUCAUGGGAGGCGCUGUUGCUACCGCGAUCUAUUCUGCCAUUCUGUCAAAUCGUUUUGCGCAGCAAUUGCCGGCCGAAAUCGGAUCCGUAGUUCAGGAGUACCAGAUUCCACGUCGUCUUGUCCCUGAGUUACUACAGGCUGGCACCACGAACUCUGCGGCGGGCUGGAAAGCACUUUCCGAAAUUUCAGGAAUAAGUGCAGCAAUCAUCGAGGACCUACAGAUGGCUGUGAAGUUGGCAUACGUACAGGCCUUCCGACUAGUGUACUUGGUCGCUAUAGCAUUUGGUAUCCUUGCUGUGGUAUGUGCCGGGUUCACAACAACGAUACCUCCGGAGAAGAAGUUGAUGCAGCGGGCUGUUCGGAUGGAGAACGAGAGCCGGUCGGAGGCUGUGGAAAAGGUGUAG